GCAAUGAGUACGCCGCCUCUCGGGUACAGGCCUUCGUCCGAGGCCUUUGAGCGGCCGGAUACAGAAGACAGUCCUGGGGACAAACGCCAAAAUAAUGCAACAACAGGAGCUUCCGCUGCUGGUAUGCGGGCCUUGACCGCACGUAUGUUCGCUUUCUAUUUCAGAGUACCUGUGAAAGCAUUCUUUCGAACGAGAAUCGAGGCUAUCAACCCUCUGCUACAACAGGCCAGUGGGAAAUGGUCUUGGAAGAUGACCACUCCUGGAAUUCUGGCCUAUGCUGUCCAAACCCAUGGAUGGUCUUUCAUACCUAACCAGGUCUUGCCGCCAAUGCUGGCAAAUGUUACUGUUGGAGCAGUUCUGUACACGUCCUAUCUUGGAGCACUGGGCCUCUACUAUGAGCCGGCUUCCCACUCUUCGAAGAGAAUCUAUCCACCAGCGCCCUUCACCUCGACAUUUGCCGCUGGCUUCUCGGCAGGUGCUUUCCAGAGUAUAGUUGCGGCACCCUUGGAUGCACUCACAAUCCGGUUUAAGACAACCGAUCUUACUCAGGGCACAUAUAAGAACAUGUGGGAUUACGCGUCGAAAAAACUUCAAACCAUUGGCGUUCGUGGCGCAUUCGCAGGAUGGGGGCUUUCCUUUGUCAAAGAUUCCUUCGGAUAUGGACUGUUCUUUGGAGCGUUCGAGUUCAUCAAGUCUCAGUGUUUCUAUGAGUACGUGAGCCAUUGGUACUCGCGAUAUGGUCUCCUCUCGAUGUUCCAUAAGCAUCAGAUUGAACUGCAGAGAGUUAGCGAUCAACAAGAGCGGCCUGUGAUCAAGCCGCAUUAUCUGAUGGAACCCUCAUUCAUACUCCUUGCCGGUGCAACAGCAAGUGUGCUACAGCAAGCCGUCGCUCAUCCCCUCACGCGGAUACAGGAACUUCACUUCCAGCGAUUAGCAACACUGGAUGAAUUGCUACAGGCUAGACCGGGACGACUCGACACUAUGCAACUAUAUGCUCGAGCAUAUCAGAAAACAUGGAUUCAAGCCGGCAAGCGCGCGACGAAAUCAGGGGGCUGGUUAAGAUGGCUGUAUCAGGAUUUCUGGAUGACAACAUUGCGUCAGGUGCCAUCAACCAGCGCUGGCCUGAUCGUGUUCGAGAUCUUCCGUCGUAAGUACGGGAUUGGAGAGGACGCCGUCAAAAUCCCCAAGGACGAAUACGACAUUUUGUUGCCCUGA